AUGAUGAAUGGAAGGGUCAAAAAACGUAUGGAGACUGAAGCUGUAAUAGCUAAUAAAGUGACCGAGCCAGUAAAGGAGAGAAAUAAAGGGGAUGAAUGGAAGGGUCCUAAAGGGAAAGUAGUUGGUCAGGAAGUUCAGAGGGACAAACAAAAAAUGGAAUAUAGACAAAAAUCUGUUAUUCCUACUCAGGGGAUAGAAAAUAGAUUUGCUGUUUUGGAUAUUGAUGUUGAUGUCUCAGAGAGGGGAAUGACAGAGAUAGGGGAUGCUGGUGCUUUGGGAGAGAUGAAUGACAAAGAGGUGAAUCUGAAUAAUGAGAUUCAGGAAGUAGAGGUGGUGGAGAAGGUAGUAAGUGAGAAGGAAUUGAGUAAUCAGGAGGGAAAAAUAGAGUUGUCUGGGAAUGGUAGACAAGAGAAGCUUUUUAUUGAAUCUGAUCUUGGAAGGUUGCCUCAGAAUGAAGAUGUGCUGAAGGAAGAUGUGUUGGAGGAAAAGGAUUCUUCUUUCCUUGUUGAUUNGUAG